CAGGAAAAGGAAAAGGGGUGUAUUUUAGGCCUAAUCUGAAUAUUCGUCAUUAUAAUUAUGAUAUGACAAAAAAAAUAAUAUUUGAUUGAGAAAAUAAAACCGAAAGUGAAACCAGAAUGAUAUACCUGUAUAUUUUUCCAUACAUUUUUAUGGUGGUGACUCUAUCAGGUAUUUAUAGUGACUGUCCCCCAGCCAAUGUUAAUGAUGGUACAGUGACCAGUUAUAACUAUAUAGAUCCUCAGAAUUAUGAUAGAAACUAUUCUACCUAUAGUUCUGACCGCCGACCAUUAGGUUAUGAAAAAACCACAGUUUAUUUCGGGGUGGGGAUUCCUCAUCCUUGUAUUAAAGUUACAGAUGCUAGAAACAGAAUGUUUGAAAUUAUGAUUCAAACCACCCCAUCCGCAAAAAUAUGUUUGAAAAAAGGAAAAAGGUCUCAAGAGUUGUGUGGAUUUGACACAUUGAGAGAUUGUGAUGUAUCUCCUGGUAGUACAGUAUAUAUAGAACUGUUCUGUACAGAUUGUGAAGAGUCAGACGUCAAUUUAUGGUACCGAAUUAGAAUGAGUAAUAAAACUGAUCGAGAUAUAGAGAAUUGGUGUUCCGAUGUGAUUCAGGAAUAUCCACGAGAUUUAAAGUCAGUGACCCUCCCUGAUCAUUUCAGCUACCCUCCUUCUGCUAAUGAUGAUAAAAACCACAGUGCUGUGUUACAAUGUAGUCUUCUGACUUUGGUCUUCACAUAUUCCGCUGUUUUUUUCUUAAAUUUUGUAUAACCAUUGUCAUGAUUUGAAAUGAAAAUAUGUUUUUUGCAUUUUGGGACAGAAAUUUGUGAUUUUUAAAAGUUCAAUACUGCACUUAAAAACAAAAUCAUUCCUUUUACAUUUACAUCCCAUUUGGAUAAUUAUUAUUAUACUAUUUACAACAGAACUUUUGUUUCAUUCCAAACAAUUUAUGAUUUUGAUUUAUCUUUUUUAUGAUAUAGUAGAUCCAGUUUCAAUGGCAAUUCUGAAUGUGAAUUUCAAAACUUAAACAAAUUCUUAACAUAAAAAAAGGAACGGAGCCAUGUUUUUUUUAUUUAUCUGAUAUUUUUGUAUAUAGGUAGUGUAAAAUGUAGGUUUGACUAAUUUGUAAUUUUUUUUUUCCUAUGGAGGCUGGCCCUCAGCUGAUUUAAAAUCAUUUUCUUAUGUUAAUAAAUUUUGUUAUUUCUGUUGUUUGUAAGGGCCUUAUUCUUAAAGCUUAACUUGAGAUGGUUUUACUGUUCCAGCCUGAUUGGUCAAUGACUAUGAUCGGUUAAAAAUUUAGUUUUAUUAUCCAAUCAGAUGGUUUUAUUUUUUAGAUUUGAAUUUUUACUUAGUUAAAUUUUCGAGAAUAAGGCCACAUUACUUACUUACUUUAUUUACUUAAUAAACAUUACUAAUUCCACAAUAUAUCAUUUUAUAAAUAUCUUUCACCAUGUCUGUAUUUUAUAACUUGACCAUAUUUUUAUAAUAAACUGGUAAUAUAUUUUUGUA